CAGACGGCAGAAGAAAGGAGGAAGUGGAAACAUCAGCACUAUCUCUACAGCAGAGGAGAGCGAGGAAGGGAAGAGGGAGGGAGGAAACACCAAUGAGUGACACACACACAGACACACAAACUCCGGACAUCAGCGCUCCAGUGGAAGAAGAAGUGUCCUCGCCUCGUCAGAGCUUUCCUAGAACAGCUCUGCAUAUGCAUAUUGUCCAGUUUGCUGACCCUCGCUGCCCACACGUUGACCAGCAGAAACGCUCGUCGGGGCAUCUGGAUUGUAUCGACUCGCUCAAAGUUUUCAGCGGUCGUCUCUCUUGCAGCCACAGUAAAGCUGAGAAGCAGCCUGGGGUUUGGAUGAGCAAUCUCCAGUAGUGGUGGCAGAGGUGUGAGGCAGCAAGACUCACACCGAACACCCCCCCGGCAGCCAUGCCGCCGCCGGCAGACAUCGUCAAGGUGGCCAUCGAGUGGCCGGGGGCCUUCCCCAAGCUCAUGGAAAUAGACCAGAAAAAGCCUCUCUCAGCCAUCAUUAAAGAAGUGUGUGAGGGCUGGUCCUUGGGGAACCAUGAGAACUUUGCUCUGCAGAUUGCCGACGCAACGAAUUUCUACAUCACAGAAAAGAAUCGCAAUGACAUCAAGAACGGCUCAAUCCUGCGCUUGACCACCUCUCCUUAUCAAACUGCAGUCCAGCUUCAUGAACGGAUCCAGUCUUCUAGCAUGGACGCCAAGCUGGAGGCUCUGAAGGAUCUGGCCAACGCUUCCCGAGACAUCACCUUCGCACAGGAGUUCAUCAACCUGGACGGCAUCUCUCUGCUCACUCAGAUGGUGGAGAGUGGCACUGAGCGCUAUCAGAAACUACAGAAGAUUAUGAAGCCCUGUUUCGGUGACCUGCUGUCCUUCACUCUGACGGCCUUCGUGGAGCUGAUGGACCACGGCAUUGUCUCCUGGGACACUUUCUCUGUGGCCUUCAUCAAGAAGAUCGCCAGCUACGUGAACAAGUCGGCUAUGGACACGGCCGUGCUGCAGCGCUCCCUGGCCAUCCUGGAGUCCAUGGUGCUCAACAGUCAGGAUUUGUACCACAAGGUGGCACAAGAGAUCACCAUUGGACAGCUCAUCCCCCAUCUUCAGGGGACCGAUCAAGACAUUCAGACCUACACUAUUGCUGUCAUCAAUGCUCUGUUCCUCAAAGCUCCUGAGGAGAAGAGACAGUUUGAUGAGCACAUUGUGGACAUCCUAAAUUGUCCCCUGACAGAGAUGGCCCAUAUUCUUGCCCAGAAGCAGCUGCGGUCCAUCAUACUCAGUAAUGUGAUCCGGAGCCCGACACCCAUCAACGAUGAGAUGGCGCAUCAGCUGUAUGUGCUGCAGGUUCUUACCUUCAACCUGCUGGAGGACCGCAUGAUGACCAAGAUGGACCCUCAGGAUCAGGCUCAGAGGGACAUCAUCUUUGAGCUGAGGAGAAUUGCCUUCGAUGUGGAAUGUGAGCCCAACAACAGUGGCAGCAUUGAGAAGCGCAAGUCCAUGUACACCCGUGACUACAAGAAGCUCGGCUUUAUUAACCAUGUGAAUCCAGCUGUGGAUUUCACGCAGAUUCCUCCAGGCAUGCUGGCUCUGGAUAACAUGCUGUACUUUGCCAAGCACCACCAGGACGCCUACAUCAGGAUUGUCCUGGAGAACAGCAGUCGAGAAGACAAACACGAGUGUCCGUUUGGCCGCAGCAGCAUCGAGCUGACCAAGAUGCUCUGCGAGAUUCUGAAAGUGGGGGAGCUUCCCAGUGAAAACUGCCACGACUUCCACCCCAUGUUCUUCACCCACGAUCGCUCCUUUGAGGAAUUCUUCUGCAUCUGCAUCCAGCUGCUCAACAAAACCUGGAAGGAGAUGAGAGCCACCAGUGAAGAUUUUAACAAGGUAAUGCAGGUGGUGAGGGAGCAGAUCAUGCGAGCGCUCACUCUCAAGCCUAAUUCCCUGGACCAGUUCAAAAGUCGCCUGCAGAACCUGAGCUACACAGAGAUCCUGAAGAUACGCCAGUCCGAAAGGAUGAAUCAGGAAGACUUCCAGUCCCGCCCCAUCUUGGAGCUGAGAGAAAAGAUUCAGCCGGAGAUCAUGGAGCUGAUCAAACAGCAGAGGCUCAACAGGUUGUGUGAGGGAACCUGCUUCAGGAAAAUCAGUAGUCGCAGGAGGCAAGGUAAGACACAGAAUUCACAGAAAUGCACGACACAACAUUAAAACCACAUGCCUAAU